AUGUCGACUCCACCUUCGUUCAGCAAUGAUGAAACAGCGCUCAACAGAUCUCUGAUCGAUUUGAAUCACGAGGCGAUCUUUAACACGAGCAGUCCUCGUGUUUCUGAACAUGACAGUUAUGCUGAUCAAUACAAUAUAGCAGCAUUUAAUAAUCACCGUCUCACUCCAUUCAAUGGAGAUUCUCCAGACUUAUGGUUUUUAGUAAUUGAAUAUGAGUUUCAGUCUGCUAAGAUCAGGAGCGACGAUACUAAAUACACGGCAGUACAUAAAGCCUUGGACUUUGAAACACUGCGCCUCAUUCAGGAUGUCCUCCGUAAUCCUCCAAUGACAGGCAAAUACGAACACAUUAAAACGACGAUAUUAAGCAGAACGUCUGAAUCCAGAGAUAAGCAGAUUGUCAAGCUAUUUAAAAAUUUAACUCUAGGAGAGAAGAAACCAUCACAGCUCCUACGAGAGAUGAUGGAUUUGGCUAAGGAAGAGGUCAGUGAAGACAUCAUAAUUAAAUUGUGGUCAGAACGCCUGCCACACCACAUUCAGCCACAAUUGAUAGUUUCUCGUCAUCUUGGUCCGGAAGCCCUGGCUGAAGUAGCCGAUAUUUUGGUCGAUCACUGUAGCCCCACAUCACAUGUGAUGUCUUCAACACGCAAGUCUUCAGUGGAACAGAGACUGGAUCACCACGAAACUCUUCUUAUGUCAUGCGUCAAGGAAGUCAAGGAACUAAGGGCAAUGUUAAACACUGAAAGGCAGAAAAAUGAUCAGCAAGAAUCACAACACAACCGGUCAAGACCAAGAAGUGGACAACAUAAUCAAUCAAGAUCAAGAAGUGGUUCUCGACAUAGUUCCAGGACACCUUCUCGUGGAUCAGUUUGUUACUAUCACUACAGAUACGGUGAGAAAGCCACAAAAUGUGAAGAGCCCUGUCUGCUUAAAUCUCUAAACGGGUCGGAAAAUUUACUUCACCGUCAUUAA